AUGAGCGGGGAUCAAGGGGCUUCUCAGGAAACAAUCAAGGCGUUGGCUGAUGACCAAGGGCUCAAGUUCAUCAGGGACCUGGCAGAUCGUCACAUACUAAAGGCUCAGAGGGAUCAAUCUGGCCUUCGUCUCUGGGUAGAUGAGAUUUGCCCUCUUUUCCAACUCAUCACACACGAGCGAGUGGUGGACUCUGCAGUGCUGGAACAGCAAGUGGCGAUGAUCUACAACCUCCUCAAUGGCGUCCAUGGAGAGCGAAUGGUCAGGGUUUUCAAUUUCAUCUUGACUUUGGUUCAAUCCUGGCCAGCUUCGACAACCAGUGUUUCCAAGAUGGCUGUUAUCGAGCUUUCUCUUGCCGUGUUAACCAAAAUGAUGGACUGUAACACCUUGCUCAUGAUCGAUGAACGCCUCUCGUCAAUCAUUCGCGGGUUUGAGAGAUGUAUCAACUCCGAGCCGGAAUCAGCUGAGGAUUUUUCUUGCGUACAGGCAAAGAGAUACCUUGACUACAUACGGCAACGGCUCGAAGUUGGCCAAGAAAUAGACGUCAUGGAACCCAAUGUCGUUCCUGUGAUUCGCGAGGCCUUUGUCCUACGUCGAGACCUUCCUGGGACUCUUUCUGCGGAGGGACCACGUCAUGACAACGACAACAAAUCCAUCUCAAAGAUCAAAAUCCUUCCGACUUCCGAGGAAAUCAUGUCCCCGCGUCGCGAGUAUUUACCCACCACGGACUCAUCACAGUGGCACGUCCCCGGCAUCCGCGGCCGAGUCGACAGAGAAUUUCGAUUACUCAGAGAGGACACCGUGGGUCAACUUAGGGAUGCCGUUCAUGAUACACUAGACCGCAUUCGCAACGUUGAUGUGCGAGUCGAUCGCAGCUCCAAAAAUACCGUGCGUACCUUCUCGUACGAGUUACCCACGCCCGUCGAUAUUGGCUUUGACAGCUUCUCGGGUUUGCAGUUCACCAUUCAGUGCAAUCAGCCCCCUGCAUUGAAAGGGAUGACGGCUAAGAGACGCCGAGAGUGGUGGAUGCAAAGCAAGAGACUCCAGUCAGGGGCACUUGUCUGCGUUCUAGAUGCGACAGGUUCCGUCCAGUUUUUUGUUGUCUCGGAAUCGACCAUGAGAACUGAAGAUGACGAUGUUGCAAAGAAAAAGGCUCAGCGUGGGCAGAACAGCGACAGCGAAUCUGUCCCAAAGGAGCUCCUCACACUAUCUGGAAGCGAAGAGCAUCUUUUCGUCACUUUGCAGCUGGUUGACGCUGGAGCUUCAGAACUCAGACGGACUCUGAGAUGGUAUCGUAGCACGAGGUCAUCGCCUCGCCGGUACAUUGUGGAAUUUCCCGGAGUGCUGCUUGCAUCCUUCCAACAUACUCUCACAGCACUGAAAAGAAUUUCCGAGCAGCCAAGAAUUCCGUUUCAUGAUUUGAUUGCGCCUUCGAGCGAAGUAAACCAGCAGACAGUCAUUGCGUCUCCGCUCUACACGAGAAAGGCCGGGUUCGAAUUCGACUUGAGGCUGUUAACGAACGAUAACACUAGUCUGAAGGUCGAUCCUCGUCAUCCGCCGGAGCCCGAAGCGCUUGCGUCCCGAUCGUCUUUAGAUCUCACGCAAUCAAGAGCGCUUCUUUGUGCUCUUACCCAAGAGUUGUGCUUGAUCCAGGGUCCACCAGGAACAGGCAAGAGUUACACUGGAGAGAAGAUCAUAAAGGUUCUCCUGGAACAUAAAAAGCAAAUUAACAUGGGUCCAAUCCUGUGUGUUUGUUAUACCAACCAUGCUCUAGAUCAGCUUCUUGAGCAUCUUCUCGACGAAGGGGUUGAUAGGGUUAUUCGAAUAGGGUCCCGAUCAAAGUCCGAGAGGCUUCAAAACCGGAAUCUGAGACUGGUUGCCAAGACAGCCGAGCGCACGAGAACUGAAGGCAGAGAGCUCUACAUAGUCCAAGAUGAGAUUCGGGAUAUUGACCGCGACUUGACGAAGCUGAUUGGCGACCUAGCCGACCUAGAAUCAGUGGAAACUAUCAAAACCCACUUACGCGCAACAUCGCCCAGACAUUUUCACCAGCUUUUCGUGAUUGAUGAAAAUGAAUGGACGGAGGUUACUUACAAAGAAAAACCAUCUUUAGCAAAGUGGUUGCAGAGCGGAUCUCAUGAUAGAAAACAGUCUAGGCAGCUGGUUGAACUACAAUUAGUUAACCUAUUCGACAUGAGCCACCUUGAACGUCGGAAGAUCUACAAUCACUGGAUAGAAACUCUGAGGGAUCCCAUCAUAGAAAAGAUGACAGACCUGUACCGCAAAUACACAACUGCCUCUGAACAGCGGGAUCGAAUCCGUGGAGACACCGACCUUAGAUGUCUUCAGCAAGCCGAUGUCGUUGGAGUCACAACUACCGGCUUGGCAAGACAGCUCGAGACACUUCGCAAACUUAGAAGUAAGGUGAUGGUCUGUGAAGAAGCGGGUGAAGUCCUCGAGGCUCAUAUCCUUACUGCGCUUCUCCCAUCGCUAGAGAGCGCAAUUCUAAUCGGAGACCACCUCCAGCUUCGGCCGCAGAUACAAAAUUAUGAGCUGCAAAGUACAAAUCCCCGUGGCCAACAGUAUUCAUUGGACAUGUCGCUGUUUGAGCGACUUGUUCAACCUCUUCAUGACGGGGACGUGCAAGUUCCGUUUAGCACACUUGAAACACAAAGGAGAAUGCAUCCCUUCAUGUCGGAGCUGAUUCGAUCGACACUCUACCCCGCAUUGAUGGAUUCAGAGUCGGUCCAGAAGUAUCCGAAAGUUGUUGGAAUGAAGCAGCGGUUGUUUUGGUUACAUCAUGAGCACCUCGAAGCCUCGGCUGCGAACAACGACCCGCUCAACACAUCAAGAUCAAAUGACUUUGAAAUCGAAAUGACUACAGCCUUGGUCUCCCACCUCACCCGCCAGGGUGAAUACGCACAAGGAGAGAUCGCGGUAAUAACGCCUUAUCUGGGCCAACUGCAUAAACUUCGGCGUCGGAUGGAAUCCAUGUUUGAGAUAUGUGUCAAUGACCGAGAUCUUGAGGACCUUGAAAUGCUCGAGGAGGAGGAUUUCGGCAACCCCACGCCAAAGAAACCCACCGCAACCCGAAAGACUACUUUGCUUAAAAGCGUGAGGGUGGCGACUGUGGACAACUUUCAGGGCGAGGAGGCCAAAAUCAUCGUGAUAUCCUUGGUCCGAAGCAACCCGCAAAAUGUAUGUGGAUUUCUUAGCACUUCCAAUCGAAUCAACGUGCUACUUUCCCGCGCUAAGCAUGGCAUGUACAUCAUUGGAAAUUCAAACACGUGCCAGCGUGUCCCGAUGUGGGCUCAAGUCAUGAAUAUCUUGCAGGAUAAAGGCCAGUUUGGCACAAGUUUAGAACUUGAAUGCCCCCGCCAUCCCAAUACUCCGAUUCUCGUAUCUGAAGCAGACCAUUUUGUCCAAUUCUCCCCAGAGAGUGGAUGUCAACUGCCAUGCGAGAAGAGACUAGAUUGUGGCCACUCCUGCACGGGGAAGUGCCACUCCAACGUCAUCCAUAGCGCGGUCAAGUGCCUGGAGCCGUGCCCCAGAUUAAAGAAGGGAUGUGAUCAUGUCUGCCCUCUUCGCUGUGGCGAUCCAUGCCAGAAAAAGUGCCAGGUUCGACUGAAAGACCUCCGCCUCGUUCUUGACUGUGGGCACAUCGUCACAACCGCCGAGUGUUGGCAGGCUCAAGACCCGUCGCUAAUCCGUUGUUCUGUGACUGUGACUCGAAAUGUCCCAGGCUGUGAACACAAGGUCCAGGUGCCGACUAUCAUUGCGUGGUGGUUUGUGGCCAGAACCUCCCUUGCGGACACUCGUGCAAAAGUCCUUGUUUCAAGUGUAAUACUCGUGAGGGCGGCCAGAUCACGAAAGCGAAUCACGGCAUCUGUCAACAACCAUGUGGACGAGGCUACUCUACUUGCCAGCACAACUGUGCCAAAGCUUGUCAUUCAGGCACUGCUUGUUCUCCAUGCGAUCAGCCCUGUGAAGUGCGGUGCAGCCAUUCAAAAUGCGCCAAAGCUUGCAACGAGCCUUGCGUGCCAUGUGCCGAGGAGAAGUGCCAGUCGUGCUGCCCUCACUCUGAGUGUAGCAUGCCCUGCGCAGCUCCUUGUGAUUGGAUACCCUGCUCGAAGCGCUAAAUGUGCCUCGGAUCAAGUCAGGCAGUUUUGCGUCGACUUUGUAGAGCUGAAACUCUAUGAAGACAUCAACUUGGACGAGGAGCCAUGCAUCUUUCCUGACUGUGGACAUUUCUUGACCAUCUCUUCAAUGGAUGGUAUAAUGCAAAUGUCUGACCACUAUGAACUGGACAUGGAGGAAUAUCCCAUCAAGCUCCGCGGGCCUUCUGCUCCUUUCACAAUGGAAGAGAAAAGUAUCUCUGUGUGCGCCACUUGUCGUGGCUCACUCAGAUCUAUAUCUAGAUACGGACGCAUUGUACGCCGGUCAAUUCUGGACGAAACGACAAAGAGAUUCAUAACUUGGUCCAGCUCCCAGCAUGAAAAGCUUGCUAAAUCUAUGUUAAUCGAGUUUGAGAAGUUGGAGAGUACGCCAACCAGCACGAAAAUAUCUGCUGUCGGGGACUCGAUGAAGGUUCUUACGCCGCAAGGGUCCAGAUUGAGCAUACUUCAAGCCCUAGAGACAGCUCUAGGAAACGACAGAUACAAAAAGAUCAUCAAGCUUCGACAAAAGCUGAAUGUAUACAAGAACAAGGUGGCGAGGGAUGAACAGCCGUUCCAUCGAGUUGCCACCUAUGUCCAAUCCGCAAAUCGCCGAAACAAAGAGACUAGGGAGUUUCAGUACGAUGACUCGGUAAUCCAGAAUAAGGGCAUGUUGCUUGCUGAAUCGCUGCUUCUGAAAACUGAAAUAACCGCAAUUGCCGAUUUCAUCGGUCUUUGCAAAAGCGGCAAAGCCCGUCCACCAAAGAUCCAAGUUGACUUCGCAAGUUAUUUCAAAGCAUGCGACCAGCUUAUUGGGCUAGCAACAAGUUUCAAAUACCCAAAAGAACAACUGCAAGGCCAUAUCUUUUAUGCAUGGAUAUGCGAGUUUGCCAGGUGGUUUUCUGCAAAUGGCGAUAAGAAAGAUCUCGAAGUCGGGUACAAAGAGAAAGGAAUGGACCAUAUCAGACUGGCUCGCGACAUCCUAGAAAGUCAUCCGUCUACAGCCCCCUUGUUGCAGGAGGUUGAAUCAGCGGAAUUUGCACUCAAAGGGCAUGAAUACCGUCAAGUCACCACUGAUGAGCUCCGAGAAGUUUAUAUUGCCUUGAGUGGUGACCUGAGAGGGACAGGUCACUGGUAUACCUGCGAAAACGGACAUCCAUUCACAAUCGGAGAGUGCGGAAUGCCGAUGGAGCAAGCCAGAUGCCCAGAAUGUAACGCCCCGAUUGGUGGCCAGAAUCAUCAAGCCGUAGAUGGAGUGAGGCGUGCUGAGGAGAUUGAGAGGUUGACAAGGGGUGUGGGAAACCUAUGA